AAGUCGGUGGGAGAAGAUUCGCACGCUGACUAUGUCCAAAACCAGAACAGUCAAACCUAAAGAGAAGACAAACACAAACCAAGAACUUUGGGACAAGUCUUUGCAGUUGCAAGAAACUGAGGACAGCAGGCUAGAUGGUGCAACUGAUAUUCCCAUGCUAUUGAGGGAGGCUCAGGAGCUGGCCACCAAAAAUGCAGAGCUCCAGAAGCUGCUGGACCGGGAGAAAAGAGAGAGAAAUGACCACCGGAGGAAACUGCUGCAGGAACUGAGUGACGCACAGAGGAAACUGUCAGGGUGUGAGGCAUUGCUAGAAGCGAGCACUCACCACAGCAGUGAUUUCCAAGAGGAGAAAACAGACACGCAGAAAGAUGUAGACUGGUCCAAAGAACAGCUGAAGGAGAGAGAGAACAAAGCAGAGUCAAAGCGCAACCUGAGGCACUCCCUGGAAUACAAGGAUGAUGAGGUCAUAGCCUCCUCCAAGAGGUCGAAGGAGGUCCUGGUAAAAACCACUGAGCAGCUGGAGCUUGAAAACGCCAGUCUAAAAAAGCAAGUGAAAGAUGCAGACUCGGCUCUUCAGGACGAGCAGGAACGAGUCUGCAAGGGCAGGGAGCUGCAAGAGGCCCUGCAGGAGAAGGUGGAGCAGCUCGAGAGAAGGCUGCAGAGGAGCGAGGACGAAAAGGACGAAGCAAACCGCUGCCUCUGCACCCUGAGGCACUCCCUGGAAGAAAAAGACUGUGAGGUCGUCGCCUCCUCCCAGAAGCUGCAUGAGGCCCUGUCAACCUCUGCGCACCUUGAGAAGACCAUUAAGGAGCUGGAGGAGUCUGUGCAGAAGCUGGACUUUGAAAACACCAGGCUGACAGAGCAAGCAAAAAAGACCGACGAGGCUCUCUGGGACGAGCAAGAGCGAGUCAGCAAGGCCAGGGAGCCGCAAGAAGUCCUGCGGGAGAAGGUGGAGCAACUCGAGAGAAGGCUGCAGAGGAGUGAGGACGAAAAGGACGAAGCAAACCGCUGCCUCUGCACCCUGAGGCACUCCCUGGAAGAAAAAGACUGUGAGGUCGUCGCCUCCUCCCAGAAGCUGCAUGAGGCCCUGUCAACCUCUGCACACCUUGAGAAGACCAUUAAGGAGCUGGAGGAGUCUGUGCAGAAGCUGGACUUUGAAAACGCCAGGCUGACAGAGCAAGCAAAAAAGACCGACGAGGCUCUUUGGGACGAGCAAGAGCGAGUCAGCAAGGUCAGGGAGCCGCAAGAAGUCCUGCGGGAGAAGGGAGAACAGGAGCCUAAUGAGCAUCUGUCACUUCAGCGUAAGUUGGAGGAGGCCUGGGAAAAGUUAGAGCUCAAAGAACAGUCAGUGGCUGAUGUAACGGAGCACACCAAUAACAUGCUUGCUAAGCUGGAGGCAGAAAGCCAAGAGAAAGUACAGACUGCGGAGGAGCAGAACAGGGAGCUAGCCGCCAGAAACACAGAGCUGCAGGAGCAUCUGGAAUGGGAAAAGUCAGAAAGAGAGAAUACAUUAAGUUAUCUGCAGAAAGAGCUGGCCGACACACAGUCCAAUUUGGCAAAGUGUGAAGAAUCACUUGUCAAUGCUUGCCAAUGCAGUGAUCUCCAAGGUGAGAUAACAAUGCAGGAACACGUAAACUGGCUCAGUGGACAAAUGAAGAAGAAGGAGGAACAGAAUGCACAGUCAAAGCGCUGCAUCCGUAACCUCAGAUGUUCCUUGGAAGAAAAGGAUUGCGAGGUUGUCGCCUCCUCCCAGAAGCUGCAGGAGGCCCUGUUGACCUCUGCGCACUUAGAGAACACUAUCCAGGAGCUGGAGGAGUCUGUGCAGAAACUGGACUUUGAAAACACCGUGCUGAAAGAGCAAAUGAAAGACACCGAAGCGGCUCUUUGCAAGAAGUGUCAAGUCUUAGUCAGGGAGCUGCACGACUCCCACCAACAAUGGAAGGUGAAGAUUAAACUCAGACUCGGCACGUUGAAGACAGAACAGUUGAGGAAUCAGACAAAUGCUGGCAAAGAGGAUGGAAUGAUUCAUAAGCUGAAGGAGUCUGUGAACAGGCUUGAUUUUGAAAUGGCAAGAAACACUGAGCUGCAGAAAGAAGUGCGCCGGUUGAUGUCCCUGGCAGAGUUGAAGGAGGCAGAGCUCUUCCUACGGACCCAGACUGCCUCUCUGCAAUCUCUGGAGUGGAUCAGAGCAGCCAGUGAUGCUGGAUUGUCUUUUCGGUUGGAAACGCACGUCCGAGGCUUGGAGAGCAAGCUAGGCAAAGUCAAAAGCAGGUUCUCCCUCAAGAAUACAGACACUUCUUUAUGAAGGAUAGUUCUUCAUGAAAAUUGUGUUUCAGUAUGUUCAGCAUGUCAUCAACAGGCAUGCUGACAUAAAUAAGAUUCAAUUUAUACCAUUUUAUAUACAAUACAAAAAAAAUCUAUACGUAUUUACCAAUUCAAAAUAAAACAGUGCAGUUAUGGUAUACUCUGACUUAACUUUAAGGAAUAUCUUGUGAUAUAUUAAGCAUUUUUGUGAAAUAUGUGGCACAGGCUAAUAUUGCAGUCAACUCUCAAACCAUAUGCAGUUCACACACAGGUGAGGGAUUGAUCACUGCCAUGGAACUUUCUCUGUGGUAGGCCUUUCUCUGUUAUUUAUCCUGUCUAUUUUCCACUUGC